AAUGGAUGAGAAUAAAAUCACUGAUUUUUUGACUUCAAUGAGGGCUUCAAUAGAGAAAAAAGAAGCCAGAAAGAAUGUUCUUAAAGCUGAAUUGGAAAGUCUGACAAAAACUGAGGAUACAGUGCGAAGUAUCUGUGAAAGUACUCGUAAAACUUUAGAAAAUACAGAGUUUAGUCUCUCAUUUAGUCUCCAUAGAGAGAGAGAAUUAGAAGAAAGAUCAGAAAAAUGCAAUAAAGAUAUAGCAUUACUGGAACAAAAGUUUAGAGAGAGUCAAUCAAUUUUGAAUAAUCUUCAGCAUAAAAAGGAAAAAGAAAGGCAAACUAUGAACGAAGCUGUGAAAGAGAGAACGACUGUUAUUGAUGACUUAAGAAUGGGCUCAGUUUUUAGGGAACCUCAAGAAGAAUUAAAGAAAUUAAAACGGAUAGUAAAAAAUAGAAAGCAGAAUUUAGGUAAACUGAAACAACUGAAAACUGAACUUCAAAAAGAAGUGGCCUAUGAAGAGUCCGAAUUAAAAUCUAUACAAGAGAAGAUAGCAGACGGACGUCAAACGAUUUGCAAAGAAAAAAAAUUAAUUUCCGAACUACAACAGAGAAUAAAAGUUGAAAAUGAAGAACUAAACAACUCCUAA